AUGGAUCUUCGACUGAUUCACUACGUCCACAGCGCAAUGGCGAGCACUUCUAAAAAUAUUGUGAUAAUUGGAGGAGGGAUUAUUGGGUGUACAACCGCAUACUAUCUCUCUCGACAUGCAUCCUUCUCCUCUUCCACCACGAUCAAAGUAAUCGAGGCGUCGAUUCAUGGCGUCGCUCAAGGAGCUUCCGGUAAAGCGGGCGGACUAGUAGCACGGUGGGCUUAUCCUUCCGGGCUUGUCAACGUUUCAUUCCCAGAGCACGUAAAGCUCGCUAACGAGCACAACGGCAAAGAAAGGUGGGGUUUUAGGUUUGUACAAGCCGGGAGUUGGGAGGGAAGUGGCGCUUUACCGAAUGGCAAGGGUAGGAAGAGAGACGAGAUGAGUUUGGAGAAAACAUUAGGCCUGGAAGAAGGCAUCAGACGCUCUGCAGCAGGCGAUUCAAGGACGAGAAGAUCUAUCGGCCUUCCAGAGGAUCUACUUUGGGUGGAAGAACACCUCACAGACGGGUACUCAUCAAUGGCCCCCGAAGGACACACUGCCCAGGUCCACCCCUAUCUUUUCACUACCAGCAUGAUGGAAUUAGCGAGGGAGAAGGGGGCGGAGCUUGUACAAGGCCGUGUCAUUUCUAUACUUCGGGAGAACGGGGAAGUCACUGGUGUGGUUUGCGCGAAACACAAUUCGAAGGACAAGGAAACGAUUCCUGCGACCGACAUCAUCCUCACUGCAGGAGCGUGGUCGCCAUCUCUCGUUCCUUCGUUGCCUGUGGAGGGUCUACGCGCACAUAGCAUAACCAUCCAUACAGAUCCCUCCGUGACAAUCUCUCCAUAUGUGUUAUUCACGUCUAUCCAGCUGCCGACGGGGAUAGUCACUCCCGAGAUUUAUGCACGUCCUGGUCACGAACUAUACGCUUGCAGCGGGGCGGACGAUUGCCCACUUCCGGAGACAGUGGACGAUGUGCAGGUGGAUUUGUCUGCUUGUGAAGCACUUCAUGAGACAGUUGGUAGCAUCUCAUCGGAGCUCCGGAAUGGUAAAGUUGACAAGAGGCAAGCAUGUUUUUUACCUGUCGUGCCUUCUGGAGGUGGUCCGAUUGUAGGGGCAGCUUCAAAGGUUGCGGAGGGGCUAUACAUCGCUGCUGGACACACCUGCUGGGGAAUAUGUAAUGCACCUGGAACGGGGAAAGUUCUUGCGGAGCUGGUAAUGGAAGGAAAACUUCCACGUGCUUCCGUUUCAUCUGGGGGUGUCAAACGGGGCGAACUAUCAUUCCAUGCUCAUGCAGCGACUACGUGCGCCAUCCAUCUGCCUUGCUCAGAAAUACUAUUGAACACUUAA